GUUCAGUCAGUGACAAAUUCUUUUGACUUUCGGACAUAAAUUCAGUGUAAUCUUAAGUGAAAUUGUUGAUACAAUCAGUUGUGUGUGCAAAAAAAUUUGGGGAAAGCAAGAAGUUAGUUUGCAAUUUCGUAGUAGUUUAGUGAUCUCUGUGUUAUUUGUGACGGUGUUGACUAGUGUGUAGUAACCUGAAUUGUCUGCCGCUGUAAGACCUCUUGGUAAAUAAGUUGGGCAAUCCAUUCUGAUCGGAUUCAAAAUUUUCCGUAAUUUUGGCUCUCAUUUCAAAAUUUAAUUGUUUUCCAAAUUGUCGAGAUGGUCGUUACCCUUGGUGCCGCGCCGCAAAAGAAAACGGGUCGUGUGGCUCCCAGAAGCACUCCACUUGCCGGCCGAACUCGAUCCGUUGGCCUGAAGCGGGCAGCAGCCGGGGCGUUAACGACUCUUGCAGGCGGACCUCCUCUUGGCCUGGUCAAUGGGACGGACAGGGAUGGGUUCUCACUGCAGAUUGCUACGGCAAAGGCACAAGCGACAGCAGCCCGUACAGGACAUCCGGCUCCGUCGCCGCCGCCACGCCCAUACCGCAGGGCGGGAGCAGCAGCAGCAGCCGCCUCCGCCGCAGCCGCUUCAGCCGCCGUUAAGUUUGCUGCCAAGGUGCCUGGUGCCCCAGUCGUCGGAGCGGUCUCGCAAUCCAUCAGCAGCAACCUAACCCUUCCCUCGUCCGCCGUCAAGAAGAGUUCGCUGGCCAGCCGAAAAGUGGGCGGUGGCAAGGCCACAGAUCCCAGCAUCAAACGUCGCGUCAAAUUCUCGGCCAAUGUCCACACCUAUCCGUCGGUGACCAGCACCAAAAAGACAGCCCGGAUUGGUGAGCUGCAGCUGAAGAAGAAGGUCAAGAAGCUGAAAAGGAUUCGAUCGCGUCGGGAGGGUGGAACGGCCAGUGAUCUCUUGAACUCAAGUGGCAUAGCCACAAGCAACCAGGAGGACAUCUACAAACACGGCAUUAUCGUUGAUGUGGAAUCUCUGAAAGCGCCAGCACCGCCACGCGUUCUGCGACUAAACGUUGUGCGCAAAUCUUCGCCAGCAACGGGUAAAUCUGCUUUAGCAACUGCGCUGCUCCGAAAGGCUAAGAGAUCAGCAGCUGCCCAGGAAAAGGCUAAGGAACCAGUAACUGCAGUUGGCAGGAGCGGGAAGGCCAAGACUAAGGCGACCGGAAAGUCUGGUGGAAGCAGCACAAAGAAUCUACUCGGAUCCAGCUCCCUUUCAGUGGAAAGUAGUGCUAACUUAGCGGGACGCAAGAAAUUAGCGACGGGAACAACGGGGAUUCAGCGGAGAAGUCAGGCACAACCACAACAUGGGCGGCGAAUCUAUGGAAAAGUCUGAUGGCGGCGAUCAGCCCAAA